UAGAAUUGGUCUACCUCCUCAAUCCAAAGACCUGAUUUUCAGAGAUGUAGAAGUUGUUGUUGGAUGAUGACGCGUUUCCAACUUACCAAAAAAAAUUAGUUGACAUGAAAAGGUGUAUGAUAGAUUUUUGUUGUAAUUUAGAUAUUGUCCAUAAACCAUAAAAAAGGAGCAGACUAUACAAAAGAACGUGAAGAAGAUUAAAACAUAGGCAGCUUGUCAGAUUUAAAUAAUAAAAACAAGAAGAAGAAGAAACAGAGACAUGGAAGAAUCAGAACAAGUUCUUCCUCUGCUAACAAAAGCCAAAGAUCCGACAAACGCAUCGUCGGCGUCAUCGUCUUCAUCAUGCGAAACCACAGAGGAAACACCAGUCUCCAGCAACGAGGAAGAAGAAGAAGAAGAGAACUCUCCAAUCCGAGAAGUAGCACUCACCGUUCCGACGACAGACGACCAUUCGUUACCUGUCCUAACAUUCCGCAUGUGGGUCUUAGGAAGUAUCUCUUGCAUCCUCUUGUCGUUUCUCAAUCAGUUCUUCUGGUACAGAAGAGAGCCUCUUGUAAUAUCCGCCAUCUCCGCUCAAAUCGCCGUCGUUCCCCUCGGGCGUCUCAUGGCGGCUAAAAUCACGGACAGAGUCUUCCUCCAGGGGUCAAAAUGGGAAUUCACGUUGAAUCCAGGCCCGUUUAAUGUGAAAGAGCAUGUGUUGAUCACUAUUUUCGCUAACGCCGGAGCUGGAUCUGUUUACGCAAUUCACAUCAUUACUGUUGUGAAGGCGUAUUAUAUGAAGAACAUGACGUUCUUCGUCUCUUUCAUUGUUAUGGUUACCACCCAAGUGUUAGGGUUUGGUUGGGCCGGAAUAUUCAGGAAAUAUCUUGUUGAACCGGCGGCGAUGUGGUGGCCGGCGAAUCUUGUUCAAGUCUCUCUCUUUAGAGCAUUGCACGAGAAAGAAGAACGGACUAAAGGAGGGCUGACACGUACACAGUUCUUCUUGAGAGCAUUUGUUUGCAAUUUCGCGUAUUAUGUGUUUCCGGGAUAUUUAUUUCAAAUGUUGACGUCAUUGUCGUGGGUUUGCUGGUUCUUUCCAUCAUCAGUCAUGGCCCAACAGAUCGGGUCGGGUCUUCACGGGUUAGGUAUUGGAGCCAUAGGACUCGACUGGUCAACCAUUUCCUCUUACUUGGGUAGUCCACUCACUAGUCCAUGGUUUGCAACGGCUAAUGUGGGUGUGGGAUUUGUGUUGGCUAUAUACGUCUUGAUACCUAUAUGCUAUUGGCUCGAUGUGUACAAAGCCAAGACCUUCCCUUUAUUUUCUAGCUCUCUUUUCACAAACGAAGGUUCAAAGUACAAUAUCACAUCCAUUAAAAAAUUAUUUUUUUAA